UCACCGAACUGCACCGCGCGGGUGGUAGUAGCUCGCCUUUCUAUUCCGGGGCCUGACCGCCCAGAGGAGCCCGGGUCCUGAGAACUUCAGGCGUUGGUGAUUAGCUAACAGAGGAUUCUCUGCCAUUACCUGGAAGACUAGUUCAGGGGACAGAUGGCCCCAAGGCUUCCAAGACCCCAGAUCCAGGAAUCAUUGACAUUUGAGGAUAUCAUUGUGGCCUUUACCCAGCUGGAGUGGAGACACCUGGAUGCUGUUCAGCAGGCCUUGUACCGGGAUGUGAUGGUGGAGAACUAUGAGAAUAUGGUGUCUGUGGGUCUUCUCUCUUCCAAACCCAAACUAAUUACUCAAUUGGAGCAAGGGGUGGAGCCUUGGAUGGAGGUGCAAGAGGUUCUCUCAGGUAUUCAUGCUGUUCAAGAGUACCGCUUUGAAACAAAGAUGUCAGCCCUAAGGCAAAAUCCUUCUGAAGGUUCUGUUCUGAGAGAGCAAGCAGAAACUCUCAUGAUGGAAAGAGGCCUGGAUUGGGAGGGCAGAAACUCCAGGGAUAAGAAACCCUAUAAAUGCAAGGAAUGUGGGAAAGUCUUCAAAUAUAACACUUCCUUUAUUAGCCACCAGAGAAACCAUACUAGUGAGAAACCAUAUAAAUGUAAAGAAUGUGGGAUAGCUUUUAUGAGCAGUUCAUCUCUUUUAAAUCAUAAUCAAAUUCAUGUAGGCAGUCAACCUUAUAGAUGUCUUGAAUGUGGGAAAUUCUUCAAGAAGCAAUCAACAUUUAUUAACCAUCAGAAGAAUGAAUCUAAAGAAAAAUCCCAUAAAUGCAAUGAAUGUGGAAAAGCUUUCAGAAAGAAUUCUAUCCUUUUAAGACAUCAGGUAAUUCACAGUGGCCAGAAACCCUACAAAUGUAACAUCUGUGGGAAAGCCUUUGCUCAGACUUCAUACCUUACUCAGCAUAAAAGAAUACAUACUGGAGAGAAACUUUUUAAAUGUAAUUCAUGUGGGAAAGCUUUCAGGCAUUACUCAACUGUGUUGGAACACCAAAAAAUCCAUACCAGUAAGAAACCAUAUAGGUGUAAUGAAUGUUGAAAAGCCUUUAGGACGAACUCAACUCCUAUUAGACAUCAAAGAAUGCAUACAGGAGAGAAGCCCUAUCAUUAUAGUAAAUGUGGGACUUUCAGGUACAGCUUAUCUUUUGCUCGCCAUCCAAAGACCAGUGGAAAUAAACCCUAUCAGUGUAAUGAUGGGAAAGUUUUCAUGAAGACCUCAACCCUUAGUGGACAUCAGAGAAUUCAUACUGGAGAAAAACCCUAUCACUGUAAGAAAUGUGGGAAGUGUUUUGGCAACAACCUAGGCUUUGUUGAGCAUCAGAGACUCCAUACUGGAGAAAAACCUAAAUGUAAUGAAUGUUGAAAGAAAGCCUUUCCCCAGAGUUCAGCCCUUAAACAACAUAAGAAAAUUCAUAAGAAAGAGCCAUCUAAAGUUAGUGUGGUAACUCACAGGAGUGGUUUAUUCCUCUGAUCAUUAGAGGAGACAUUCAAUAAAUUAUACAUUUGACAAAAAUAUUCUGUACCUCUGGGAGA